AUGAGCAGCGAGUCCAGAACACCAAUUCUCCUCCUAGACGGCGGGCUAGGCUCUACUCUUGAAGAUGAGUAUCACUAUGAGUUCAACGACGGCACUCCCCUAUGGUCCGGCCAACUCCUCGUGACCCAGCCCGGCUUAUUGCUCGAAGCGCACACCGGAUUCGCCAAAGCAGGCGCGGACGUGAUCCUCACAGCCACGUACCAGGUGUCCUACGAAGGCUUCUCAAAAAGCGGAGUCACGGAGGAAGAUGCUCGGCAGGUAGCGCGGGGCGCGGUCAAGAUGGCCAAGAGGGCUUUUGAGGGACGGGAAGGGAAGGUGGCGUUGAGUUUGGGGCCGUAUGGGGCGACGAUGUUGCCGCCUCAGGAGUAUGGGGGGAAGUACGAUGCUUAUCACAGAACGGUGAGUCAGCUGAGGGAGUGGCAUGUGAGACGGAUCGGGAUGUUUUGUGGUCCGGAUAGGGAGGUGGAUUGGGAUGAUGCGAGGAGGUGUUGGGAGGAUGUUGAUUUUGUGGCGUUCGAGACGAUUCCUUUGGCGGUGGAAAUUUUGGCGGUGAGAGAGACGAUGUUUAUUGCUUCUAAGGAGAGGGAGGAAGGUCGAGGGAAGGAGAAGGACUUUUGGAUUAGUUGCGUGUUUCCGGGGGAGGGGAAUCAGCUGCCGGACGGUAGUGAUGUGAGGGCUGUUGUAGGUGCUAUGCUUGGGGAGAGGCAAAAUGCUAGGAGGCCGAUGGGCAUAGGGAUUAAUUGUACGAAGAUAGGGAAGAUAGAGUGGCUGAUUGAGGAGUUUGAGAGUGCAGUAAAGGAGAUAGUAGAGAGUGGAGAAGUGAAAGAGUGGCCGAGUCUGGUGGUGUAUCCGGAUAAGACGAAUGGGCAGGUAUAUAAUACUACGACGCACAAGUGGGAGAAAGCUGAGGCGGAUGGGACGAGCUCGGCGCCAUGGGAUGAGACGUUAUUUAGGAUUGUCUCACAAGCACAGGAGCGUGGGUCUUGGAAGUCGAUAUUCGUUGGCGGCUGCUGUAAGUCGAUAGCGAGUGAUAUUGCGAAUUUGCGGAAGAGGAUCGACCAGAGGUGA